UGUUUUGACAGUUCGAAGGUGGUGUACGACAUUUGUGGUUCCUUUCACAUUUCUCGCCAGGAUUUCUCGAUCAUUUCCCGCGAUCUAUAAUUCCCAAUGCACUGGACAACUUUUUGAAGUUUUGUCCGAGAUCUCCGCAAUAACUACAGCGCAAUGUUGACAUCAUGGCGCCAAUGGUGUCGUCUGUGUGCGAAGGAGCACAGCUCCAUUGAUAUUUUCUUCAAGAAUGAAAACAAUUGUGACAUUGCCGACAUAAUAAGGAAAUUCUUCCAGUUGUCUAUCAGUCCGCUGGACGAGGCUCCCGUCACCAUUUGCUCGACAUGCUACCAGUUCCUUCUGUCCGUCGCCAGGUUCUCCGAGCGGAUAGCGAAAGUGGAGGCUAUGUACGCAUCUAUCGCGUACGAUGAGGUCAACUCCGUUGAUUAUUCAAGCCUCAAAUUCCAGUUCGGGCUGGUGAAAGAGGAACCGCACUCAAACUUCGUCAGCAGCAAGUGCGACCAAUCGACUGACACCACGGACCUGACUAUCGAAUUCCUGCCCACCGAGGUGUAUAAAAUCGAAGAACAACCUCUUGGCGAGUCCACACUCCAAUACCAGAAUGUGGACGAUGCCGUUAUCGAAGAGGUCGAGGAGAAAAUUGACCCGCUCGUGCAACAACUGUUCACAAUGGACCAACUGGAUAAUGUCGAUAAGGAAAGCAUCCCUGACUUAUGUACAGACUAUCUCGAGGACGAAGAAGACGACGAAGAUGAAAUCGAAGAGAAAGCAGAGGAAGAAGAUGUGCAAAAAUCAAAAAGAGACUCGGGUGAAUCCCCAAAAAAGAAAGGUCGCAAACGGAAAGAACCGCCGUUCCAAUGCAAUAAGUGUGACAAAGCCUUUCUCCAGAGGAAUGCACUCCGGUACCACAAAAGGGUUUCUCACUUUACCGGUGAGAAGAAAGAAUUCCAGUGUCAGCGCUGCGACAAGAAGUUCCCAACCCGCCGACGAGCCGAACAACACGAGAUAGUCCAUCUCGAGCCGGAUCAGAAACCUGCCUUUCCAUGUCCUCAUUGUGACAAGCAUUUCACGAAAACAACGAAUCUCCAGACGCAUAUUCGCACGAUUCACGUCGGCGAGCGACCGUUCAUCUGCGAGUCGUGUGGGAAGUCGUUUGCAACGAAAGGCGCCCUCAAGGAACACAACUAUACUCACAUGGACGAAACCCCCUUCCAAUGCUCGGCAUGCCCUAAGAAAUUCAAAACACUUGCAAGACUGAAAACACACGAGGACAUUCACACCGGGACCAUGUACGUCUGCCCGAACUGUGGCCUCAUUCUAAACACAAAACGCACCCUCCAAAUGCAUAUGGUCGUCCAUUCCGAUCAGAAGAAGCACAAAUGCACGAUUUGCAAUAGCGAAUUCAAGCGGGCGAAAGCUCUCAAGAACCAUCUGAUACUGCACAGCGGUCUGCGGCCGUACACGUGUCCGUUUUGUGAUAAAACCUUUGCAAAUGGCUCGAAUUGUCGUAGCCAUAAGAAGAAAGCACACCCACAGGAGCUGGCGGCCAUGGAAGCAGCGGGCGAGACGUGUCGUGCGACGAAUAUCCCGAAACUGGAACAACUAAAGGCCAGCUAACUUGAAAAGUUGGCGCGGCUUAUCGGAUCCUUUCAAUUAAUGCGAAUAGAAUUCAGUGAUAGUUGUAAAGUUGCUGGCAAUUGUAAAAUAAUUGUAAUUGAGGAAACUAUCCAAUUUGUUAAGGUUGUAACGUGCAAAAAGGGGGAGGACGUGGAUUUUUGUCCGUAAUUGAUAAUAAAAAACAGUAUUUUAAUUUAAA